GGAGCCCAGCAGCCCGCGCCUACUCCAGAGGUGCCGAGUGCGCGUGGCUCCCGCUGCACCUCGGGCAGCACUUUGGCCAACUGGGAAAUGGGGGAGAAAGUUUCGGAGGCGCCAGAGCCGGUGGCCCGUGGCUGUAGUGGCCACGGCGCUCGGACUCUUGCCCCUGCGGCAGCCGCCUCGUCCUCGAUGGGCGCUUCCUCCGCCGAGUCUUCCUCUGGCUCUGAAACUCUUUCGGAGGAAGGGGAGCUGGGAGGCUUCUCCCGCAAGUCGCAGCAGCCUGCGCCGCCGGGCGGCGCCCUGGGUGCCMGACCGCCCGCCGCGUGGGCUCCCGCGCGCGUGGUGCUGGAGCAUGGAGUCCCUACAUUGCCGCUGCCACUCGGAGGAGCCGCGCCACCCGCGCCCGGGGGCAGCAGCGCGUCCCAGGAAGAGCAGGACGAGGAGCUUGAUCAUAUCCUGUCCCCACCACCCAUGCCAUUUCGGAAAUGCAGCAACCCAGAUGUGGCUUCUGGUCCUGGCAAGUCACUGAAGUAUAAAAGACAGCUGAGUGAGGAUGGAAGGCAGCUGCGGCGUGGGAGCCUGGGAGGAGCCCUGACUGGACGAUACCUCCUUCCAAAUGCAGUGGCUGGCCAGGYGUGGCCAGCCUCAGCAGAGACAUCCAACCUCGUGCGCAUGCGCAGCCAGGCCCUGGGCCAGUCGGCGCCCUYGCUCACUGCCAGCCUGGUGAGUGUUCCCAUUGGUGGGUCCAGGUGGUCCAACCCAUCUCCUGCCUGGUGUACUUAG